AUGCCGGGGCGUUGGUUUGGAUGCCGAGCCGCGGAGGCCCACAGCAGCUCCCCGCCACCGUCACUGCGAAAGCUCGACAGGCUGAAUCGCUGCAUUUUUGGCGAUAGAAAGCCAGCGAAAGCCUGGCUUCUCGUGCAGAGGGCUCCGUCUGAACUGGCGAAGGUGUUCGUGGUUUCUGAUCCAAAGGAGCCGUUGAAUGACGAAACUAACUUCCAGCUCCAUUCGAUUCUGACCCUCCUACCCACAAACCUCACAACCAUGGAGCCGCCAGCAGACGACCUGAUCAAAUACAUCCCCCCCAGCGCAAAAGCCUCCCUCCUCCCCCGAAAAAUAACCUCAAUCGAAGUCGUAGCCCAUGAAAGACUGCCCGACGGCGGCAACCACUGGGCCUUUUACCUGCACACCAUCCCACCAGACGCCCCGUCUGAAACCGCCACGACGGCAGCAACAGACGACCAAAUCAUCCAACUCGACGUCUCGCCCUCGUACUCUAUCCCCUCCACCGUUCUCCCCGGCGGCUCAAAAGCGUUCCUCAUCCUCUCCACCAACCCCCACUCCCUAUCGCCGUUUGGCACAUUUACAAAGCGCGUCCCGUUGACUGUGCGCCGGAAGCCUGAUCUGCCCACCGUCCAGGAGCUGGUGCACCUGUUGACUGUUACCCAGCAUCGGCAUCGGUAUGAGUUUGAUGAUCACGGGCGUGGGUGUCGGUUCUGGGUGCGGGAUCAGAUUCCGUUCCUGCUCGAUGAGGGGGUUGUGACUGAUGAAGAACAAGCCGAGUUGGCGAGGGAGGCGGUUCUGUUGGAAUUCCCAGAUGGUAAGGAAUUCCCUAUCACGAUUGGGAGGUAUUAUUAG